AUGACAAUCUUUAAGUUCGUUAAUUUGCUUAUUGUUGCAUUCGUUUUAGGCUUCAUCUUAAUGAUGAUGUUUGAUAUUCUCAGAAAUAUGAUUUACAAUUCAAGACUUUAACAAAUAUAAGAGGAAUACAAAGAACUUAUUCUAUAGCAAAAAUAAGUUUAAUAAUUAGGAAACAAUUAAAGAAAAGCUUAGAGAUUGAGAAGAUAAAUGAGAGAACUUAAUAGAUUGCAGGCGAGAUAACUAAGUUUAAGUUUGCAAGAUAUGGACAUACCAUCUAGUUAGGACACUUCUACUCCUCACGCUUCCCAUUUGAUUAGGACCCUCUAGUCUAAUUUGACCUAUCACUCGGAGGCAAAUGAGUGGAGGCUUGAUUAACAUCAACAAUUACACAAUGCCAAUGAGAAUAUUCAUCACAAUGUAAAUGGUGAUACAAUGGAACUCCUUGCAUCUUCUGCCAGAAAUUCAACCACUCCAAUUAGACCAUAUUAGCACCAUAAUCUUUCAGAGAGAGCGAAUCACAGAUAGAGUGAAGAAGGUAUUGGAGGUGUAAUUUCAGGAUAAAGUGAGCAAAUGCCUCAUUCUUAAGGUCUAAGCAAUGAUAAUUAGACUGAAAUAAGUUAGCGAAGAGAGUACCACCGAGGUUACUUCAGUAAUCUGAGGCCUAGACGACCAAGGAAUGCUUUACAAGUUCUUGAUGAGGACGAGCAGGAAGACUAGCAGUAAACGGAUCAUGAAUUAAACGUCUAGCGAUAUGCCUAGUAAAUCGCAAAUAUGCUGCUGGAGUAAGAAUAAUUAGGGAGAGAUUAGACCGCAGCUGAAGAAGAAACUUAGCCUGAACAUAUUCCAACUCAAAGUUUGAUUCUUGAGAAUACAAAUCGAAGUGUGUUAUAAAGCAGCAGAGGACCAAGAUUAUCCCCAAUAAAGCCCAUGAGUUUCUUUAGGAAAACUAUUCCUGAAUUCUGGUUAGAGAUCCUCGAGAAGGAUAACUAGAUGAUGUUCUCAAUCAUGAAGGCUUUUGGUUCAUUAGCCUGUUUACUUUACUAUCGAAUCGGUAAAUUAUGCAAAGAAAGAACUGAUAUAAGAGACUUGCGUUUAUUAAGUUGCACAACUAGUAAUUCACUUAAUGAGGCAAAGAGAGAGGAAGAUGGAGGAAAGUACUAUGAACUGAAAUUCUUGACCUUGACAUUGGACUUUUUCAAUUACAACAUAAGUUUAGCCAAGAGAGAUUUAGACUCAAAGAUAAAAGUGGAUUUACUCGUUUCAACUUUCCCAUCUUUAAGAGAAUUAAGAUAAUCGAUCGAGAAUUACUUCACUCACAAAGAUGAUUACAUUGUCUAUAAAAUAGUGCUUGAGAUGUAUGAAAGAUAUUAUCAAGAAUUUGGAGGGGUUGGCCUCCAUAAGUUAAGGAAAUAAGUGAUACCUUUCGCGAAGAGAUUUUAUUCUAAACUUGAUUCUGAUAAGUUUUAAGAAUUAAAAAAUGCUACCAGACAUUUUAAACAGUAUUAUCCGAAUGAAUAUCUUCAGUAUUAUGAGAGAAAGAGAAUGGACAUUGACAAUUUAGGAAGAGAAACUAAGAAAUCAAAAUAUAUUAUGUGA